UCACGUUAGCUAUGGUCGUUAUUAAACAGUAGUCUAGAAUAGUUCUACUCAUUCAGUAGCCAAUAGCCACUACGACUAAGAUGAGAGUUCUGAUCAUCCUUGCUGUAGCCACGUUAACGGCCGCGGCUCCGCACCUUCCAUCUAAAUCUAAUGGAAUUUCUGAAGAUGGCGAAGUCAUUAAAAUUGAGAAAGCCUUAGGAGAGCAAAGAUUUAUACGUUCAACAGACGAUUCAGAGUCUACUACUGACAACUCAGAACUUGAAGAUUCAGACUCGGAAUUGUCUGAAGAAUCACUUUGGUUGGCCGAUGAGAAAAAAUGGCACGAACAAGAAAAUGAAGGCACAGAAACAACGGAACUCGAGGGAGAAGCUAGUCAUGAACAAGAAAAAUCAUCAUCAGAGACAGAAGAUUUAAGUGGAAGUAUAAUACCAACUGUGUUAGUAGAGGAUGUAGAUUUAAAUAAUGCAAAUGCUGAAACCCUAUAUCCACAGUCAUCAUUAUAUCAAAACAAUUUGAUGCCUUGGGAUAUCCCUGGCGCAUACUCUAGGCGUUGGCUUUAUGAAUUACCACAGUACUAUAAUAGGGUUCCACGUAUAUCAAAACAUUAAGCAAAACCCUUGUUAACACUUUAUUUCGUAGUACAUUCUAUUGUUAUUUCUUAGAAUAUAUGAGGGCAGAACCCUAGACACUAGCAUUGUAUAAACAUUCUUAAUUAAAAUACUUAUUACAUAUAAUA